CCCCACUUUUGCGUUGCCAUUGCAACAAGGGCAUCCCUUCAGCUUCACUUUCUCCAUUGUCUUUUUUCUUCUUCUCUUCUUCUUCUCCUUCUCUUCCUUCUCUACCCCAGACAGCUCUCUUCCUUCUUCAUAAGAGCCUCUGCCCUUCCGUUGCAUUGCAUUCUCAUGCUUCAGGUCCGAUCCCGUCUUCAGCCCUCGUCCCUUCGGUAACCUUUCCCUCCCAGUGCAUUAGCGUACCAUAUCUAUGCUGCCAAUCCCCCCCCCUCUUCAUUCACCACCCACCUCCUCCCUGGUACUGGCUGAGAUCUCUCGACUAUUGCUGACUUGAUCCUGUCGUAUCUUUAGCCCUUCCUCCCGUCCGGCCUACUUCCUGUUUCAACCUAUAUCCUAUCCGAAAGCACCUUGAUCUAGUUCCCGUCAGCCAGCCAUGUCGCUUUAAACGCUUGUCCCCCGUCUGCGAGAGAAGUCUGGGUACAGGCUGGUUAGCUGAAACAACAUACAAAAGCCGGCACCACGAUUUCCGAGGUUGGAUCUCCCACUUUGACAGUUGGGAAACGAAGGG